CAGCUCCGGGGGCCAUCUACUGUCCCAGAGACUGCGAAGCGGAUGCCAGCGGCGCUGCGAAGGGCCGAGGCCCUGCCCUCUGGGCACCAGUCCAUCCUGCCCCCAUCGUUUCUGCACCCCACCGAUGUCCCCCUCUGGCCUGUGUGCCAGCCACUCCAUUGCUGUCCCCCAUCCCAGAGCAUCCCCCUUUGCAUCCACUCUACUGGCAGCAUCUCCGCUUCUCAACAGCAUCCCAGAGCCCCGAGCGCACGGGUGCCCUGGCACUGCCACAGCCCCCUGUCCUGCUCUCACCCUCCUGGAUGGCAGGGUCAAAGGGGAUGGGCCCAUGUCCUUCUCUCCCUGCAGUCGACAUUCGGGAGAUAAAGGAGAUCCGCCUGGGAAAGAACUCACGGGACUUCGAACGUUACCCGGAGGACGCUCGCAAGCUUGACUUCACCAUGUGCUUUAUCAUCCUCUACGGGAUGGACUUCAGGCUGCGGACGCUCAGCGUGGCUGCUUUCUGUGAGGAAGACAUCAACCUAUGGAUAACCGGCCUCAAUUGGCUAGUGGCAGACACCCAGAAAGCCCAGACUCCGCUGCAGAUCGAGAGGUGGCUGCGGAAACAGUUUGACACCAUGGACAGGUCACGGGAAGGCAGCAUAACAGUAAAGGACCUGAAGGCCAUGCUGCCCCAGGUGAACUACCGUGUGCCGAACAUGAGGUUCCUGCGGGACAAGCUCGUGGAGGUGGAAGCCAGGAAUGAGAUGACUUUCUCCCACUUCAUCCAGUUCUACAAAAACCUGAUGUUUGACACACAGAAGUCGGUCAUCGAGCAGCUGGAGCUCUCCUUCCCCUUGAGGAACGUCGACCGGCCGGAGCUCUGCCAGAUAUCACUCUACGACUUCCAGAAGUUCCUGCUGCAUGACCAGAAGGAGUCCUGGGCCAGUGAUGUGGGUACGGUGCGGGACUACAUGUGCGCUUACCUCAAGGACUGCUCCAACGAGGCAGCGGACCCUUCCUUCCAGCUGGACGAGUUCCUUACGUACCUCUUCUCCAAGGAGAACAUGGUGAUGGACUCAAAAUACGAGCGUGUGGUGCCCGAAGAGAUGAACCACCCCCUCUCCCAGUACUGGAUCUCCUCCUCCCACAACACAUACCUGACAGGGGACCAGUUCUCCAGCGAGUCCUCCCUAGAGGCGUACGCCCGCUGCCUCCGCAUGGGCUGCCGCUGCAUCGAGCUGGACUGCUGGGAUGGCCCGGAUGACCUGCCUAUCAUCUACCAUGGCCACACGCUCACUUCCAAGAUCAAGUUCCUGGAUGUCCUGCACACCAUCAAGGAGCACGCGUUCAUCACCUCCGAGUUCCCCAUCAUCCUCUCCAUCGAAGACCACUGCAGCAUCGUCCAGCAGAGGAACAUGGCCUCCCACUUCAAGAAGGUCUUUGGGGACAUGCUGCUCACCAAGCCAGUGGACAUCAACGCCGAUGAGCUGCCAUCACCCACACAGCUCAAGAAGAAGAUCCUUAUCAAGCACAAAAAGCUGGUUGAAGGGAACCUGUACGAGGAAGUCUCCACAGCCAGCUACUCCGAGAAUGACAUCAGCAACUCCAUCAAAAAUGGCAUCCUCUACCUCGAAGACCCCAUUGAUCAUACCUGGAGCCCACACUAUUUUGUCCUGACAAGCAACAAGAUCUACUACUCAGAGGAGACAUCCCGCUACCAGUUCAAUGAGGAUGAGGAGGAGGUGGAGCAGAAGGAGGAGUUCAACAACAAUGAGCUGCACUUCACGGAGAAGUGGUUCCAUGGGAAGCUGGGAGGGGGCCGUGACGGGCGGCAGAUUGCUGAGAAACUACUGCAUGAGUACUGCACUGAGACAGGUGGCAAGGACGGCACCUUCCUCGUGCGGGAGAGCGAGACCUUCGUGGGCGACUACACCCUCUCCUUCUGGAGGUCCAACCGCGUCCAGCAUUGCCGGAUCCACUCGCGGCAGGAGGCUGGCACCACCAAAUUCUAUCUGACGGACAACCUAGUCUUCGACAGCCUCUACAGCCUCAUCUGCCACUACCGGGAGGUGCCACUCCGCUGCAACGAGUUCGAGAUGCGCCUCACUGACCCUGUGCCCCAGCCAAAUGCCCAUGAGAGCAAAGAGUGGUACCAUGCCAACCUUACACGCCUGCAGGCCGAGCACAUGCUGAUGAGGGUCCCGCGGGAUGGAGCCUUCCUGGUGCGCAAGCGCAGUGAACCCAACUCCUACGCCAUCUCCUUUCGGGCAGAGGGGAAGAUCAAGCACUGCCGCAUCCAGCAGGAAGGUCGGCUCUUCAUGCUGGGUAGCUCAGCCGAGUUCGAGAGCCUCGUGGACCUCGUGAGCUACUACGAGAAGCACCCACUCUACCGUAAGAUGAAGCUGCGCUACCCCAUCAACGAGGAGACCCUGGAGAAGAUGGGCACCACCGAGCUGGACUACGGAGCCCUGUAUGAGGUGCGGACCCCUCACUUCUACGUGGAGGCCAACAAGAUGCCAAUGGCCAGGUGCACAGUGAAGGCCCUCUAUGACUACAAAGCCCAGCGGGAGGAUGAGCUGUCGUUCUGCAAGCAGGCCAUCAUCCAUAAUGUGGACAAGCAGGACGGUGGCUGGUGGCGGGGGGACUAUGGAGGCAAGAAGCAGCUGUGGUUCCCAGCCAACUACGUGGAGGAGAUUGUGAACACGCAGGCACAGGAGCAGGAUGAAGCUUCGUCGGAAAACAGCCCCCUAGGGAACUUCCUGAAGGGCUUCAUCGACGUGCCGUCCUGCCACGUAGUUAUCUCCAAAGACGGGAGGAGCUCCAAACCAUUUGUCUUCACCAUCCAUUCCCAGCAGAUGUCCCACGCAGCCCAGUCACUGGACGUGGCCGCGGACACUCAGGAGGAGCUCAGCGAGUGGGUGGCCAAGAUCCGUGAGGCCACGCAGAACGCCGAUGCCAGGAUGCAAGAGGGGAAGAUCAUGGAGCGGAGGAAGAAGAUUGCACUGGAGCUCUCCGAACUCGUCGUUUAUUGCCGCCCAGUGCCGUUCGAUGAAGACAAGAUCGGCACAGACAAGGCAUGUUACCGGGACAUGUCCUCCUUCCCGGAGACCAAAGCGGAGAAGUACGCCAACCGCAGCAAGGGCAAGAAGUUCCUGCAGUACAACCGGCGCCAGCUCAGCCGCAUCUACCCUAAAGGCCAGCGCUUGGAUUCCUCCAACUAUGACCCACUGCCCAUGUGGAUCUGUGGCAGCCAGCUUGUAGCGCUCAACUUCCAGACCCCUGACAAGCCGAUGCAGCUGAACCAGGCGCUGUUCAUGCUCGGAGGCCACAGCGGCUACGUUCUGCAGCCCGACAUCAUGAGGGACGAGACGUUUGACCCCUUCGACAAGAACAGCCUGAAGAUCGUGGAGCCUAUCACAGUGCAACUGCAGAUCCUUGGUGCCCGACACCUGCCCAAGAAUGGGAGAAGCAUCGUGUGCCCCUUCGUGGAGGUGGAGGUGUGUGGCUCCGAGUACGACAAUAGCAAGAACAAGACGGAUGUUGUAGCUGACAACGGUUUCAACCCUGUGUGGCUCUUCAAGCAGUUCGUCUUUGACAUCAACAACCCUGAGUUCGCCUUCCUGCGCUUUGUGGUGUACGAGGAGGACAUGUUCAGCGACCCCAACUUUUUGGCACAAGCCACCUUCCCUGUCAAGGGCCUCAAAACAGGUUAUCGCUCGGUGCCGCUGAAAAAUAGCUACACAGAGGACCUGGAGCUCGCCGCUCUCCUCAUCCACAUUGAGAUCAUCAAUGCCAAGGAGGAAGAUGAGGAGAACCUGUACUCAUCCAUCCAGCAGCUGCGCGACCGCGCCAGUGAGCUCUCCAGCCAGGUCUCCAGCUAUGAGCGCACCAACAACUGUGACUCCCGCUACCAGCAGCGCCUCGAUGAGCUGCGGGCAGCCCAGGAGCGUCUCAUGGAGCUCACCGAAGUGCGCAACCGCAAGUUGAUGGAGAAGAAGAAGAGGGACCGGCAGAUGGUCAGCAAACGCAACUGAGCCAGAUGGGGCUCUCCCAGCCCCGCGGCUGGGGUGUCUCUCCUGCACAAGCCCCAGCCAGUGCCACCAGCUGGCUGCGGACAUACCCCUGCCCGUCGCCCACAUCCCCCUGUGCCCAGAGCCGGCGUGGGCUGGGACUCAGACCGUGGGAUGGCCCCCUGCCACCUCCUCUCCCGCCACAAAGGGAUGGCGAGAGGGUGGGAUGGCCAGACCUGGUGCCCCCCGAGCCGUGCUCGUGCCGGCCUGGAUCCAGCCACCAUCGACACAACCCGGUGCUCAAGGGUGCCAGCACCGCUAGGUCCUGGGGCUGGAUGAUACCAGCAAAGGGGGGGUCAACAAUCUCCAGUUUGGGGAGAAGAGGGGCUUUGUGUAGGUCUAUGAUGUUUCUCCGUCACCACACCAAGCAGGGAUGGAGGCCUGGCAGCGAGGCAGGAGGAGGGAAGCUCCGCUUCGCCCCGGUGUAACUCCCGGUCUCCUCUCGCCUUGCUCCCUGGCAGGGCUUGGGCUGCAGCACCCAGGGGUGGCUGCGGUUCAGUGCUCCCACAGGACCAGGUGAGAUGUUGGCCAUGGUCCCAGCACCUGGCCAACACAGCACGGGCUCAAGAACUGCCCCAAGCAAGCACAGGGCAAGGGGAGCGCAGUGCCCGGCUCACCCCGCUGCCACCCCUGCCGCUCUUCACUCAUCCCUGCGACGGCAAAGGCGUCCCUAGCCCCAGCUUCCCACCACCGUAGGCGGGGGCAGCUUCCCCCCAGAACGGGGGGUAAUACCAGCCCCCCAACCUGAUGGAGAAACUGAGACACGCGACAAGUCUCUCGGUGCGAAACCGGCCCAGGAAGGAACAGGACCGGCCACCCCAUGUCCUGCACCCUCCAUCCCCGCCUGGACCUGUCCUGUACGCUUGGGCUGGACCUGCACCGUCCUCCCCACCAUGGGCUGGGGUUGGGGACAGGAGACAGGGUACCGCUCGCUCCGAGGCUCC